AUGAGCUUGGAGAUGCUCCCAACUUUGAGGAGUUCUUUGUUUUGGGCGUUAAGAAGUCGACCUGGCCGCCCUUUAUCUCUAUCCCUUUUCCCGUCAACUUUAUCUUCUCGUCUCCAGUCAGCCAGCGGCGCAACAAUUUGGACAGCGAGUGCGAUGAAUACCGAGUUAGAACUGGAAAUCAGACCCUAUACCUACACGAGCGGUCGGUGGUUGCGGCGUGAUAAACUGGAGACUGAUUCGCGCUCCAUUCAAUUCAGCUUUGUUGCUCUUUGCCAGAAGGUUAUUGAGUUAUGCCCCGAAGCAAGUGAAAUAAAGGCUUGUCGAAAAAUUGAAGGGGGCUUUAACAGAGUUUUUAUCUUUACCUUGGAUAACAAGAAGAAUAUCGUGGCGAGGCUCCCGUUUCGGUUGGCAGGACCAGCGAAACUGACCACUAUUUCUGAGGUUGCUACAAUUCGCUACUUACAAACGAAGACGAAUAUCCCCGUACCGAGAAUUCUUGAUUACAAUUGCGACGCCACUGAAGAAACAAAUAUUAUCGGCAGCGAAUAUAUUAUCAUGGAACAUGCAAGAGGCGUUCCUCUGCACGAGAAAUGGCAUAAAAUGGCUGGCGACCAGCAGGUCAGGUGCAUAGAUGCAAUCUACCGGACAAUAAAGGAUAUCGCCGAGUUGGAAUUCCCAGCUUUUGGGAGCAUAUACUUCGACGAUACCCUCGAAUCUGUUAGCAAACAACCCCUAGGUGAUGGCUUUUGUGUUGGACCUCACUGCGGUACUAGAUACUGGGAUACUAAUGUGGGCGAAAGGAGAUAUUAUCAUGAUGCUAAUAGAAACGUUGGCCCAUGGUUGACUAUUGGCGAUUAUUGUGAUGGCCUUGUUGACGCUGGUUUGUCACAAGUUCCUCCAGUGGAUACCAAACCCGAACGACCAAUCUAUCAUGGAUCGCCUGAAACGCAUUUAGCUCUUCUCAAGCGUACCCGUCCUGUGCUGAAGCAAAUGGCCGCGAGUACUCGCGUCAGAAAUUCCGCCCCACCCUUAUUGUUCCACCCGGACCUGCAUACGAGGAAUAUAUUUGUUUCGGAUGACAAUCCUUCUGUUAUCACUAGCAUUAUUGAUUGGCAAGCAGCUAGUAUCGAGCCGGCGUUUUGGUACUCGGACGAGGUCCCGGACUUCGCAGAAGGAAGCCCAAGGCUGAUGAAUGACAACAUUUUUCGCCCUUUCCGUUACUGUUAUAGAACAUGGAAAGAUGGCGCGGUGGCCUUACGUCACGAGAUGAUUGAGACUGCGAGGCAUUGGAACGAGCUAGGAUUUGAAGGUCAAUGUCCUUACCCUUUACCCACGCGAGAAGAACUUGAGAAACACGAGAAAGAGUACAGGCUUUUCGAGGCGGCACAGAAUCUGCGAACCGAUUUGUCAAGCUUCCUAAAUACAGCCUCAGACGGAUGGGUACCGCCAGAUGGUUGGGAAGCGGCACAAUCAGCCCAGAACGAACUCUUUGAUGGAAUGUUGCAGGCUGUUUUGACGAACGCAGAUUUAGACAAUGAUGAGCCGGUAAGAGAUGAAAUGACACUGAGGUCAAUCUGGCCAUUUGACCUUGAUAAGUGA